AUGGCAUCGAGCACCAAAGAGAUGGGCCCAGGCAUGAGACAGGACACACUGGAUGAUUUUUUUGGGGAUUGGAAUUGGAGGAAGAUCACUAAUCUACGUCACACAAUGUUGCGCAAGAUAAAAGAUGCCUUGCCCGAAUUAUCGGAACAUGAAGUGGCUCUGGAUGACCUCAAAGAAGGGCUGAAAGAAGAAUACUCAGAAGCAUUGAGCAGGUGGAAAGAGGAGGUUGAAGCAUGGGAGUGUGAUCCUUCCCAGCCGAACCCAUAUGAACAAAGCAUAGAAUCUGACAAGGCAGGUCUGGGCAUUCAUGCCACAGAUACCCAAGUAGGAAAGCUCGUUCAACGCAGUAACAAUCUUCAGCACCAGAUUGAGGCUUGGGUCAAAGUCCAAGAAUUGUACAUGCCAAUGGUCACAGCCCUACGACGAGACAAGUCCAACAAUGUCAUCACUCCCAAAUCUUUCCAGCUUUUGCUUCCUUCUCAAGUUGGCAGAACUGCUACUUAUGACCUCAAAUUCCAGACCAUUGAGUGGAAACUUUGA